AUGUCGCCCCGCGAGAACGGCGCCGCCAUCCCCACUCGUCGACGUCCCUCAUUGUCGUUCCGAUCGCACCCACGAAACCCACCUCAUUCCUCCCCGAUAUCGAAAGAUUCCGCUUGUGCCUUCGAGGCAUUCCAAGAGCCGCUCCUGACAGAGCUGUGCCAGGAAGACCAUGCACCGGCUGUAGAGGAGAUGGAUCCAUUCCCAAACGCCGUGCCUCGGCGUCGCGGUGCGAAGAGUUUCUCAACUCUGAAACACCCUAUGGAUGGAUUGGUAGCUCUCGGACGCCGCUGGUCGGUCAGUCUUCGCCACAAGUCUUCCAAGCAGAACAUCGCCGAGAACGCCUCGGCUGGUGACGAAGACCGACAGACCCACCACGUUCCGAGCCAACCAAAGCACAAGCGCAUGGCCUCGGGCAGCUGGGAUUCCCGGUCAACCAAGAUUGAUUGGCAGGGCUGCGUCAACAGACGCCCUUCUUUGAACAGCGUGUCCGCGCUGCAGGGCUUCUAUGCCCCCACUGCAUCAAUCCGAGCUCCCAUCCCUGGUCGGGGACAAGAGCCUCCCGUAGUGCCGAACCAUGUAUUCUCUGGAGCUGCAGCGCGCGCUGCAGCUGCGGCACAGAAUGAACAGAUGGAAAUGACACGAAUGGCAAAGGCGGAGCGCGAGUCGAGCAAAAUCCUUGAAAUGAGGAUCCCGCAGGACUCCGAGAGUGGUAUCGGUAUCGAUCUGCGUGAUAGAUCCGAGGUAUCAGACGCAGCUUUGUCUGGCCUCGCACGACUAGAUCCGGUCGCUCUCCUCCCUACUGAAAUUUCGGCACACAUUCUUUCUUACCUGGAUCCUGCCUCGCUUCUCAAUUCAGAACUGGUCUCUCGCGCCUGGCUUCAGGCGUCUUCUUCUCAUGUUUGGAAGUAUGUUUUCCGUGGCGCUUAUGAGCAACGGCCGCCAAGCGAGACGAACACCAAAUUGAAACAGUCAUCUGGUCUGGGAAAGAAUAUUCCAAACCAGGACUGGAAGAAGAUGUACUUUGUCCGACGCGCUCUUGACGAGCGCUGGAAGAACGGGAAAGCUGCAGCCAUCUACCUCCAAGGCCACGAGGACAGUGUAUAUUGCUCCCAAUUUGACGAGAAAAAAAUAAUCACUGGCUCCCGUGAUCGCACCAUUCGUGUUUGGGAUGCUCAGUACCCGUGGGCAUGUCAGAAGAUCAUUGGCCCCUCGAGCAGCCAGAGCUCCUCCCGCCGUGGUGGUCCAGUGAACAGUCCAACUUCCCAAGCCACGGGGAGUCCCCCUUUCAUGACCAUCACUCCACCAUGGCCUACGGCGGCCGAGAAGGAGGAACUCUCCUCCCCUGUAGAGGAAGACUCUAUUUACCACAGCGCGUCAAUUUUGUGUCUGCAAUUUGACGACGAAAUCAUGGUCACUGGGUCUUCUGACUACACCUGCAUUGUAUACGAUAUUAAAAACGACUAUCAGCCAAUCCGCCGUCUCGUCGGCCACCAAGCCGGUGUGCUUGAUGUGUGCUUCGAUGAUAGAUACAUUGUCUCAUGUUCCAAGGACGCGACUAUCUGCGUGUGGGAUCGCCAGACAGGCGAGCUCCUGCGGACGCUCACUGGUCACCUGGGUCCCGUCAACGCUGUCCAGCUACGCGGCGACCUGAUUGUCUCAGCGAGCGGCGAUGGCGUUGCCAAGAUGUGGAACGUGGUCUCCGGCCAAUGCGUCAAGCAAUUCGUUAGCAAACGCCAUGGUCUUGCAUGUGUUGAAUUCAGCGACGAUGGCCGGACCAUCCUUACUGGCGGCAACGAUCAUAUAAUUUAUCAAUUUGACGCUAAUACGGGCGAGCUCGUCAAUGAGCUCACCGGCCACAGUGGCUUGAUUCGCUCGCUGCAUCUUGACAGUUCGAACAAGCGCAUUGUCAGUGGCAGCUAUGACAUGAGCGUCAAGGUGUUUGACCGUGACUCGGGUAAUUUGUCCAUCAACUUCCCUGGCUGGACCACAAGCUGGAUGUUGAGUGUGCAGUCUGACUACAGGCGCAUCGUGGCUACCAGCCAAGACUCGAGAACAGUCAUCAUAGACUUUGGAUAUGGUCUAGACGGGGUUGAACUUUUAGAGGAGUGA